CCGGCGCGCGCGCCGGUCCUCGGUUCCGCCGGCCCUGUCAGCUGGAGUGCGGCGCGCCGGGGAGCUGCCCGCGCUCGGGCCAGCCCGGCCUGCCGAGCGGCGCGUCCGCGCAGCGGACCUCGAGGAGCCGUCGGGGUGUCCAUGGACCCGCAAAGUUAAGUUCUGGGCUCGCGCUUCCACUCGGCGGCGCCCGGCCCCGGCGGCGUUUCCGUCCGCCGCUCGCGGCCCGGACCGCGCCGGCCUCCUCGCCUCCCUCCCAAUCUCGGAGCGGCUCUCGGCGGCGGCAGCGCCCCCCCCCACCCCCGCCACCCCACGCCGCGCCGCGCGCUACCCCCGCUGGGCUCCGCCGCGACCGGGGGAGGGGCGGGGGCCACCAUGGCCGAGGCGCCCCAGGUGGUGGAGAUCGACCCGGACUUCGAGCCGCUGCCCCGGCCGCGCUCGUGCACCUGGCCGCUGCCCAGGCCGGAGUUUAGCCAGUCCAACUCGGCCACCUCCAGCCCGGCGCCGUCGGGCGGCGCGACGGCGAACCCCGACGCCGCCCUGGGCCUGCCCCCGGCCGCGGCGGCCGCUGUCAGCGGCGACUUCAUGAGCAACCUGAGCCUGCUGGAGGAGAGCGGGGACUUCCCGCAGGCGCCGGGCUCCGUGGCGGCGGCGGCGGCGGCGGCCGUGGCGGCGGCAGCGGCGGCCGCGGCGGCGGCGGCGGCGGCGGCGGCCGCCACCGGCACCGGCCCGGGCCCCGGCCCCGGCACCACCCCGCCCGGGGGGCUGUGCGGCGACUUCCAGGGCCCCGAAGCCGGCUGCCUGCACCCGGCGCCGCCGCAGCCCCCGCCGCCCGGGCCGCUGGCGCAGCACCCGCCCGUGCCCCCCGCCGCCGCGGGCGGCCCGCUGGCCGGCCAGCCGCGCAAGAGCAGCUCGUCCCGCCGCAACGCGUGGGGCAACCUGUCCUACGCCGACCUCAUCACCAAGGCCAUCGAGAGCUCGGCCGAGAAGCGGCUCACGCUGUCGCAGAUCUACGAGUGGAUGGUCAAGAGCGUGCCCUACUUCAAGGAUAAGGGCGACAGCAACAGCUCGGCCGGCUGGAAGAAUUCAAUUCGUCAUAAUCUGUCUCUACAUAGCAAAUUCAUCCGAGUGCAAAAUGAAGGAACUGGGAAAAGUUCUUGGUGGAUGCUCAACCCGGAGGGAGGCAAGAGUGGCAAGUCCCCCAGGAGAAGAGCAGCGUCCAUGGACAACAACAGUAAAUUUGCUAAGAGCCGCGGCCGAGCUGCCAAGAAAAAAGCAUCCCUGCAGUCUGGCCAGGAGGGCGCUGGGGACAGCCCUGGGUCUCAGUUUCCUAAGUGGCCCGCAAGCCCCGGCUCACACAGCAACGAUGACUUUGACAACUGGAGUACAUUUCGCCCUCGAACCAGCUCAAAUGCUAGUACUAUUAGUGGGCGACUUUCCCCCAUCAUGACUGAGCAGGAUGACCUUGGAGACGGGGAUGUGCAUUCAAUGGUGUACCCACCGUCUGCUUCAAAGAUGGCCUCCACUCUGCCCAGUCUGUCUGAGAUCAGCAACCCCGAAAACAUGGAAAACCUUCUGGAUAAUCUCAACCUCCUCUCCUCGCCCACGUCAUUGACUGUUUCCACCCAGUCUUCGCCUGGCAGCAUGAUGCAGCAGACACCGUGCUACUCCUUUGCGCCGCCCAACACCAGUCUGAAUUCACCCAGCCCAAACUACCAAAAAUACUCGUACGGCCAAUCCAGCAUGAGCCCGUUGCCUCAGAUGCCUAUGCAAACCCUUCAGGACAACAAAUCAAGUUACGGUGGCAUGACACAGUAUAACUGUGCCCCGGGGCUCUUGAAGGAGUUACUCACUUCGGACUCUCCUCCCCAUAACGACAUCAUGACACCAGUUGAUCCCGGGGUGGCCCAGUCCAACAGCCGAGUCCUGGGGCAGAAUGUGCUGAUGGGUCCGAAUCCAGUCAUGCCCUCUUAUGGCAGCCAGGCAUCUCAUAACAAAAUGAUGAAUCCCAGCUCCCAUACCCACCCUGGACACGCUCAGUCAGCAUCUGCCGUCAAUGGGCGCGCCUUGGCCCACGCCAUGCCCCACCCCUCGGGGAUGACCCGCUUGGCCCCUGUGAAGACAGCUUUACAAGUGCCUCUUUCCCACCCCAUGCCGAUGAACACACUGGGGGGCUACUCCUCAGUGAGCAGCUGCAAUGGUUAUGGCCGGGUGGGCCUCCUCCACCAGGAGAAGCUCCCGAGUGACCUGGAUGGCAUGUUUAUUGAGCGCUUGGACUGUGACAUGGAAUCUAUCAUUCGGAAUGACCUCAUGGAUGGAGAUACGUUGGAUUUUAACUUUGACAAUGUGUUGCCCAACCAAAGCUUCCCACACAGUGUCAAGACAACCACACAUAGCUGGGUGUCAGGCUAAGAGUCACUGAGCGGGUUAUGCUUAAAAGUACUUAAGAUUGUCUGACAGCAGGAACUGAGGGAAACAGUCCAAAGAUGUCCUUCACCCCUCCUUUUCGUUUUCUUGAUUAAAAAAAAAAGCGUUUCUUUUUUCCUUUCGUCAGACUUGGCAACGAAGACACUUUUCCUGUACAGGAUGUUUGCCCCAUGUUUGCAGGUUAUGUGCUGCUGUAGAUAAGGACUGUGCCAUUGGAAAUUUCAUUACAAUGAAGUGCCAAACUCACUACACCAUAGAAUUGCAGAAAAGACUUUUCAGAUCCUGGUGUGCUUUCAAGUUUUGUAUAUAAGCAGUAGCUGCAGAAUUGUAUUUGUAUGUGUGUGUAUUUUUUUUUUUAAAUCUCCAUUUGGUCCAAGAAAAGUUUAUACUCUUUGUAAUACUGUGAUGGUCUCAUGUCCUUGAUAAGUUAAACUUUCCUUUGUACUACCUGUGUUCUGCUGAACUGAUGAAUCACAAAGAACUUAGUUCUCCAUUCUGCACCUCUGUUGAACAGUUUUGACCUACUCAUACUGCCACAUAAUUCACAUGAGAACCAGUAGCCUGUUAUCAAUCUGCUGAACUAACGGACUUGUCAAACUCUGGGGGGUAGGGUGGGGUGGUUUUAAAUGCCAGCCUUGUACAGGUCUUUUCUAUUUUUUGGUUUAUUUUUGUUUUGCAAAUUUGUACAAACAUUUAAAUGGUUCUAAUUUCCAGAUAAAUGAUUUUUGAUGUUAUUGUGGGGGACUUGAGAUCAUUUUGGAAUAGAUAUUGAAUUGUAAUGUUUUCUUAAAACUAGAGUCUACUUUGUUACAUAGUCUGCUUGUAAAUUUGUGGAAUCCCAGAUAUUUGAGGCAGCAUCCGUAAUUUUCCUUUUGUAUUUCUAACUGGAUUAGUACUAAUUUUAUACAUGCUUAACUGGUUUGUACACUUGGGAUGCUGCGUGGUGAUGUUUCUGACUAAUCUUAAAAUCGUUGUAAUUAAUACUUGCAUACUCAAUGUUUAUGGCCCUAUUUUGACAGGCAAGUGAUGUAUAGGUAUAGACAUUUUGCGUGUCAUGUUUAAGAGAACUAAGUAUGUUUUUUCAUGUAUGUGUUCUAAAGAAAUGUCAUCAGCUUUUUUUCAUCCUGUGAACUGGGGGCACCACAUCGCAGUACGUCUUUCUCACAGAUGCCUGAAUGCCGAGAGGUUUCACUUCCUCCCGUGAGGCCUUGUGCUCUGUGCAGAUCAGAAAGGGUGGGCCUGUGUCUCAAAUUGUACUCCUUGCUCAGCUCAUUUUUUAAGUUGAACUUCAGCCGAGUUUUCCCACCUACUACCAUGCUCUAAUUUUGGCUGGGGCGGGAGCUUUGUCUUCAGCUUUUACCUAUAAGGAUUAGGCGAAGCCCCGGAUUCCAUCCUCCUUUCCUUACCUGGCAUAGUUCUUAGCGUGCUGUGGAAGUUUGAGUUCAAGAAGGAAAAUUUUUUUUAGUGGGACUCGUGAUUUAUAGAAUGUUUUAUGUUCAUGAGUGCAAAUGGCUACCAAAUGGAAAAGAAUGUGUUUUAAAAUGGGAGCAAUUAAUCAAAAAAAAAAAAAAACACUAACCAGAUCUAAGCUGUAUAUUUGGAUAUAGUUAAAAGCCUUUUUCAAAGUACAAAAUUGGAGCAUUUCUUUAGCCUUUUACAACCUAAACUAUAAUUUUGACCAUUAAGUUUUAAUACUCUCCAAUUACCCAUAACUGACAGACCUAGGUAAUUGGUUUUCCUCCCAUUGAAUCCAUCAGUAUUCUCAGGUCACGUGGAAUGCCCCAAACCAACAGGAUAAAAGGAACAGGUGCACAGAAGUGUUCCUUUUGCCUUCUCCAGAAGACUCCGAUUUGUAUGAAUUCAGCCCAGAUCACACUCACUUUUUUUUUGUCCUGCAUGUGAAUCGCAUCUCUGCAGGCUCAGCAUCAUCCUACAGAUGUAACAGAAACACAGGUGUAUCUGUCAGGCUUCCCAGAGGCCAGCUCUGUUGGAAAUUUCCUGCUGGGGUACCUGUUUGGAAAACUCGUCCAGCAGCCUCUUUCUGGCCAUCUUUGUUGCUGGCUGCCCCCAGAGGUGUUUGGUUUGAGACAUCUUCAAUCCUCCCACAUUUAGAUGGGAUUCUUUGGUGCCAGAGUACUUCUGUCAUUCCUGUUCUCUGCUGCCCCUCCUCUCAUCCCUUUCCUUACAUAGUGAGCCUCAGAGCGCGCACGCCCCCCCCCCCCCCCCCCCCCCCAUUUCUUCCUCAAAGAAGCAACUACUGCUAAAAUCACUGUUGAGAUCUUACUACUUGGAUGUUUCUUCCUCCUCGGUCUGUGUAAAUAUCCCCCCCGCCCCCUCCCAGGUUUUCUUUUGUGUUGAAAUUCUGACAUGAAUCCUGGGUACCUCUCCUGGGGUACAGUGAAGUCCAGUGAAAAAGCACCUUGUCUGUUUUGAAAGCAAACAUUAUGUGACCUCUGGUAAUCCUUUUUCUGUACGAAUACUGACUUUCUGGAAUAAUUAGUAUAUCAGUUAUUGUACAUGAUUGCUUUGUGAAAUGUGCAAAUGAUAUCACCUAUGCAGCCUUGUUUGAUUCAUUUCCUCUGGUUUGUACUGUUAUUAAAAGCAUAUUGUAUUAUAGAGCUAUUCAAAUAUUUUAAAUAUAAAGUAUUGUUUCCGUAAUAUAGCUGUAUGGAAUAUAUUUAGGUAAUAGACACAUGACUUGCAAAGGUCUACUUCGACAGGCUAAGUCUCAAUUCAUUAGCAAAUGUUGUAUCCCAGCGAGCAGUAAAUCAGUGGACAGCCCCAAGAAGAGGAGAAGGGCAUGUAGAAUGGAAACAGUUCCCCAAAGAUCUCAAAUUUGGACUUACCUGCUGAAUGUUACCAGGACUGCCCCUGACCCUUGCCCCACCCCCACCCCCCUCCUGGAAAUCUUACAUUCAGCUCCUAAGCAUUCUACAUUUAGAACUGACUUCGGAGCACAUGCUUUUCCUGGUGGUUUGAAUUUGAAAGUAAUUAUUCGGUUAAAAAAUCAAUGUGGUUCAUGAAAACAAACCUGGCCUCCUCCUUGAGGGUGGGACACGGUCUGGGGAUGUGGCAGCCGUGGCCACCUGAGUCCUGUCAGGACAAGUCACGCCCUCCUGCAUCUUGUUCCUUGAGUUCAAUAACAGUUCAAAUUCCAUAUUCCAGUUCUGAUACUCUCAGAGAAGUGCCUGAUGACGCUGAUGUACUUACAGACACAAGAACAAUCUUUGCUAUUAUUGUAUAAAGCCAUAAAUGUACAUAAACUACGUUCCAGUGG